GGGCGGCAACACCGUUAUGCUCGUUAUAAACAAAGAGUGCCGAAAAAUAUACACAGGUACUUCAAAGUGAAAUGAAAACAGUGCCGUAAAGCAAGUAAAAAUGGAAAAUGACACCAAUCAGUCCGGCAAGCCGUUCAAAAUCACCGACGCAUCGAGAGACGUCAAGAAAGGAGUUGUCGCUAAUUCUCUCGACGAUUUAACCUCAAAAAUCAAUGAAAAACUCGGGAUUACGGGCGAAAUUACGAUCGUUCUGGAAUCCGACGGGACGGAAAUUGACGAUGAAGAGUAUUUCGCCACCCUCGACCCAAACAUAGCCCUUAUGAUAUUAAAAAACGAAGAAAAGUGGGUGCCACAGGCCCCGACGUGUAGAUUAAACUUGGAUCAAGUCGACGAUGCGAGAGGGGGAGCGGAGUUGGCCGGUCUGGUCGGCAAAAUCAAGCAUAACCUCUGCCAUGUCUCCCUUCUCGGAGGUGCAGAACUGGAAAUGUUGAGCGAUAUGGACCCAGAAUCCCUGGUGGAUAUCACGUUUCCAGACAAAAUUUUUCUCGAACAACUAAAGGAAGCCUCCGGCAGGUUUCUGUGCGAGAAAAGACAAGCGCAAGAUGCCAUGGAUUUGUUGAGAUUAUAUCAGGAGAAGGAAGCCGAGUCUGGAGAGACUAACUGAACACAAUGCAUUUACCUAUGGUGGCCAUUUAUUGAUGUUGUUAGAUCCCCCUUUAAAAAUGUGGUCGCCGUAUUUUACAUGUAAUCUAAAAGAUUGAAUAAGACUGACUGAUUGCCAAAAAAUAUACUGUUCUGGCAUAAAAUAACUGAAUUGCUCAACCGCUGCACAUUUCAUCACAAAAAUAAUAACACCAAAAAUCAAAUCAAAAGCAAUGGCGAUUUUUAAAUUUACGCUUUUAAAAUUAGCACAAUCACACAAGUCCACAACAUGUAAACACUAGAUCCUGUAGGUUGAGUAAAGUGAAAUAACCUGUGCACAUACACUGAUAUUACACUUGGCAACACUGGCGAAUAUCCAAAAGUCCCACUUUGACAUUUGAAUACGAAUAAUUGAGGUUAUCUAUCUCUCAGUUAAACGCUAAUAAUUCCGAA